AUGUCGGACCCAUCCACGUCUGCAGUUGGAGCAAACCAGCAGCAGGCUGUCUCAGGACCCGUUCGACCGGACAUGGUCGCCUCCGCCAUCACCUUCCUCUCUGAUCCCAAGGUGCAGUCGUCGACCAUGUCGCAGAGGGUGAGCUUUCUGGAAUCCAAAGGUCUGCGACCCAACGAGAUCGAUGAAGCUAUCCGUCAGGCCAACCAAUCUCAAGCGACCGGCUCUACCGGAUAUGCUUCGUAUGCAGCUGGACCACCUGCGCCUUACUAUGGAGGGGCGCCUUACGGUGCUUACCCCGCUGGUGCUUCUCAACACCAAGGACGCGAUUGGCGAGAUUGGUUCAUUAUGGCGGUUGUGUCGGGUACGAUUGGCUACGGCGUGAUUUCACUGGCGAAGAAAUACCUCAUGCCGCACCUGCAGCCGCCCAAUGCGAACGUACUCGAGGCUGACUUGGACUCGCUCACGGCAAAGUACGAUGAAGUAGCGAGCCAGUUGCAGGCUUUGGAUGCGCAGACUAUCGCAGUCAAACAAGGACUCGAAGAGCAAAAAGCCGAGGUGGAGAAGAGCAUCAAGGAAGUCGAGCACUGCGUCAAGAGCGUACGAGAGAACGAGAAGCGUAGGGAUGGAGAAUUGGACCGAAUCAAGGACGAUGUCGAAGGGAUCCGAAAAGAGCUCGCAAGUCUGUUUGAAAAAUCCAAGCAAGCACAGACGAAUUCGCUUUCGGAGCUGCAGUCGGAGCUCAAGUCGCUCAAAUCGCUGCUGGUCUCGAGGGGCACCGUUGGCGGGCAAGGUGGAGCGAUGCAUGGCGCAGGUGCAUCGAUUCCUCCGCGUCCGUACGGUGUAGGCUAUGGUGCUGGCUCGUACGGUUCGCCGACGAUUGGCACGCCAACAGGAGAUGCAAGCCCACCGCACCUCCCCAAGCCUACGAUUCCGGCAUGGCAACUCGCAGGCGCCGGAUCGACCAACAGUGGCGCAGCUACCCCCACUUCGACGGUGACCAAGGAAGCCGAGGGUACCAGCAGGGCCACUGAGUCGACGCCCGCCGAUCCUGCGGAGGAAAUGUCAAAGAGCGAGGGAAAGAGCAAGGAGGCGAGCGAUUGA